AUGGCGGACGAGGAGUCGGGUGCUGAGGCGGCUGCACAAGGUGACGAGCCUCCAGAGCCAAGUUCCAGUGGUCCGAAGUCGUCGAUUACUCUAAAUGUGCCCAAUCCCGCGGUCAGCUAUGGGCGACUCAACCCCGAAAUCGAAGAGAAUGUCGCCCUCGUUGGCGACCUCUCAGGUGACGGGUUGCGGACCGACGCUACAGAUCGUCGCAACAUGCUCGGCUCCAACUUGGCAACCCGCUUACCUUCGAGUCAGGACGAUCAGGGUAGCACCAGCAGAGGCACAACCUCCAGCGAUCCCUCUACCCCGUCGGCGAACCAACGCGAUGCUAGCCACCUCCUCGGUCUCCCCUCUGAACUCAUUGAUGCCGUAUUUUCAUUUCUGUCGCCCAUCGAACUCGCCACCGCUUCUCUCGUCUGCCAUGCCCUCCGCCAGCAUGCCAUCGCCGACAUACAAUGGCAACGCCAUGUCCUUUCGAACCUCCCGGGGAACAAGAUCGCUUCGCCGUACCCUUGCCAGACAUGGUACGAGCUUUACACCGCACACGACCCAUACUGGUUCCUUACGAAACACAAGCUCUGGUUCUGCGACAGGGAGCUGGCCGGGCAGAUGGUGAUUGUGCGCUACGACGAGCGCCGAGGCUGCAUCGAGGGAUAUCAGCUAGUUGCGGCACGGAACAGAAACGGCAGUGAGCCCUGGCUUGCCGAUUCGAGCGUGCAUAUCCACUACUUCGAGCCAAGGGUCAAUCUGCAUCUUGACAAGCCCGUUCUGCAGUUCGAUGCCAACAGUCUGGAAAAUCUACUUCGCAACUCCUCCUCGCCGGGGAAGCCCUCGAAACGGUUUCGUCAGUUCUUCGCAGAGCAACCAAUGCGCUACGACCACGGCACCGAUCCGCGGUUCAGCAACUUCCUCCUUGCGAGACCUCUCAGUGAGUCUGCUGUGGUUGAUCGGAUGGAUAAGCAAUUUCCUUACGGGCAUGUCUGGCCUCCUCCAGCGAUACCGGCGCGGCAUCGUGUUCUCGGGCACCCUAGUGGCAUCAUCCGUCCAUCGCGUGACCAUGUCGCCAACCUAUCAUCAAGCAUCUUCAAGCCAUCCACUCGCGCAGAAGCUUCCGAUCAGACUUUCCGGAUCCGGCAAUGGAUGGACCUAGCCACCCUUGGCGUCCACCUAGGCGAGGAGGUUGUAACCUACUCGACCCUUGACUCCUCCUUGUAUACCCCGACGCCAGAAAAGCCCUGGAGAGGAAUCUGGGUUGGUGACUACAGCGGCCAUGGCUGCGAGUUUCUGUUACUGAACCAGCCCGAUGACGACGUCGAGGGCGAGGAGGGGCCGCUGGUGAGGAGCGAAAACGAGACGGAGGAAGACUUCCAGGAGCGCUUCCUACGUGAGCGAGUGUAUCGGGGCCGACUAGAGGCCAUCAAGCUUACGGGUGAUCCAAACGUACCCCGGGGCGAAUACACGUUCGUCGCGACGGACCUCGGCGACGAUGGAUUUGUGGGUGUGGCCCAAGAGCCACCUUUCCAGGGAGCCAGGGUCGUGAAGAGCAAGGGCCAUGUUGCCGCCAUGGGCUUCCACCAAGACAAGUACAUCGAGUCGCAGCUGAUCUUGAUCUCGCAUAAUCGGCUGGCAACAUAUUGGGUGGAAUUCGGCCACAUCAGCUUCUUCGAGAGGGUCGACAUUGAUCAGUUCCUCGUGCCUGGUUGA